AUGAUGACUGGCCGUGUGCUGCUGGUGUGUGCCCUCUGCGUGCUGUGGUGCAGCGUUUCGGCGGUCAAUGGUGAUGAGUCUGAUGAGAAUGUGGAUUUUUCUUCUGGGAGGUCCGAAGCCCCACAAGGUGGAUCAUCUGAAGUUAUGGAUGGAAGAGAAGGUUUGGAUCACAAGUCCUGCUCCGUGGAGCCGGGGUCGGAAGGAAAUACCGCGGAAUGUACGAAGGCGACGACAAACGACACAGAUGCCAUUUCUACCAAUCCGUCAUUGCCGUCACACAAGUCCAGUGACCCAAAUCCCCAAACAGGCCUACAGCCUCCUGCUCCACCUACCGGUGCUGGUCAGAGUCAUCAAACCAACCCGGUGCAAGAUGCAGGAGUCACGCGGCAAGUACGGCAAGAUGUUGAAGAAGUAAAAACAAAAAAAGGACUUGAAGAGCAGAACAAACAGAAAAACAAAGAAAGUCACGAAAAACAAUCGUCACGUGAAGACGCUUCAGUAAUAAAAGGAAAUCAACUUGUAGGACAAGAAGCAGCGCUACAAGGAGACCCAGCGCAGCAGGAAAGAAAGCAACUGGAAGUAGAGCCAGGACAACCACAACACGAGACCGACGUACAGCACAGAGGAUUAUCCCAGCAUGACCAUUUACUUCAAGGCCAUGAAGAAGUACAGGAAAAACGACGCCGGGGGGAAGAACAACCGCAACUACCAAAAGCACAAAAAGAAAAGGUGCCGACUGCUUCAACGACAGAGCCAAAGUCAACGCCACAGUCACCGCCACCUGUAAAACCACGGGGCAUGCAACAGGAGGGAUCCGCCGCCAGUUCAUCAGAUCCAUUGAAAAGGGAAAUUCCCUCGGUUUUAACAAAAAGUAAACCAAAUGAAACCAUUGACCCACCGUUGCCACAAUCUUCUGCAGGAGAAGGUGGUGCUGCUGCCGCACUUGGGGCAGACGAGGAAGACGCGAAAAUUCGAAAAGAUGCCGAAUUUCCUGAAUCGGCAGCUACAGAAGAAGACCACCAACAUAAACAUUCCCUCAAAAACGACGGAGAAGCAAAGAAAGAGAAGACCGCCUUUGGUACAAAUAACACAGCAAUUACAAAUGACAGUGACAGUGACAGCAGCACCGCAGGCUCCCACACCUCCCCUCUUUUGCUUCUUCUUCAUGUUGCGGCUGCUGCGGUGGUGGCCGGGCCUGCAUGA